AUGGUGCCUUCUUCUAGAUGUUCAGAAAGUUGUUACCCAGGAUAUGCCAAGCUCAUGAGAGAGGGAGCACCAAUUUGCUGCUAUGACUGUUCUCUGUGUAUGGAAGGAACAUUUUCUAUGCAAGAAGAUGCAGCCGAUUGUGAAAAGUGUCCAGAUGACCAGUAUUCCAAUAAGAAGUGGGAUCAAUGUGUCCCCAAAAGCAUAAGCUUCUUAUCCUAUGAAGAAUCAUUGGGACUCAUCCUCACUUUCUUUGCCAUUGCUUUGUCCCUAACCACUGCCUUCAUCCUGGGAAUCUUCAUUAAACACCAAGAAACUCCCAUAGUCAAAGCCAACAACCGUGAACUCACCUAUGUUCUCCUGGUUUCUCUCCUGUUUUCUUUCUUGACCUGCCUUCUAUUCAUUGGUCGCCCCAUGAAAAUGACCUGUGUCCUUCGACAAACCAUUUUCAGUAUUGUUUUCUCAGUUGCCGUAUCUUCUUUGCUGGCCAAGACUGUAAUGGUGGUGGUGGCCUUCCUGGCUACCAAGCCAGGGAGCAGGAUGAGGAAAUGGUUGGGGAAAAGUCUGGCCAACUCCAUUGUCUUGUCCUGUUCUGGAGUUCAGGUGGGCAUCUGCCUAACAUGGCUGGGAAUCUCACCCCCAUUCCCAGAUUCUGACUUUCAUUCCCAACCAAGACACAUCCUGCUGCAAUGCAAUGAAGGCUCAGUCUCCAUGUUCUAUUCUGUCCUUGGCUACAUGGGUUUUUUGGCUGCUAUCUGUUUCUUGGUGGCUUUCUUGGCCCGAAAGCUUCCAGGGACAUUCAACGAAGCCAAGUGCAUC